AUAAUUAUUCCUUUACGGGCCUAAAAUCUUGCUGGACCAGCUAAACCCAAUCAACGCUUGCUCUUUGCUCUUUGCAGUGUUUACUAUUUUUCGCUGACUCCGGCGAGAUCCGUGUCACUUCUCCGGCAUCACUUGUCUCAGUUCCGUCCACCGGCGUUGCAAUGGAAUCGGAAUCUUCAAUCUCCGAUUCUGAAACACACCCUCUCUCGGACCAAAUCGACGACGCGUGCCACGACAUGAGCUCCCUGGAAGAGCUCGCGAGUCGCGGCGCUUGGCGUUCCAUCAUCGACAAGGUCUCACGCGCCCGCGCUCUCUCUCUCCUCCACAAGCCCCACGACCACCUCACCUACCUCGCUUUCAACGCCCUCGCCUUCACAAAACUACGUCGUUUCAACGAAGCCUCCGCGGAACUCGAUUCCCUCGAAGACCUCCACAGUUCCCACUACCGCUACGAAACCUACCCCAAAAUCUACCCCAAUCGGAUUGGAUCCAUGGUCCCUUUCUCCCUCCGCUGGGUACACGCCCUAAUUCCCAUCAAAUUAGGGCAACGUCAGCAAGGCAUGGAUCGCUUCUACAUUCUUCUCGAUUUCGUGCGUGGAAAGAUUAAUGAAAAGGAGAAACAGAACAACCUCGGUGUCUCCCUUAAUCUGUGGCGUAAAAGAGAGGUUUUUGUCGUGAAUUGCAUCAUAGGGAACCAUUUGAGUCAGAAAGAGUUUGGUGUGUGCUUAAGCUUGAUGAAGGAGCUUCUCUCUCGCGAUUGUUCUGACCCUUUGCUGGUUUCGCAGCUUGGGUAUAUGCAGUUGCAGAUUGGGGACUUGGAGGGUGCGAAAAUUUCGUUCUUGAAGGUGGAGGAAUUGGGGAAGAGUAAUAAUGGUUCAUUGAGUGAGGUUGAGUUCAGGAACCUUGUGAAUAGGAACAAGGCGUUGGUGUAUUUGGUUGGGAAGGAUUAUGUGUCUGCGGUGAGGGAGUACGAGGAGUGCAUUGAGAGGGACAGUGCGGAUGUUGUGGCAGUGAACAACAAGGCUCUGUGUUUGAUGUAUCUGAGGGACUUGUCGGAUUCUAUUAAGGUGUUGGAGAGUGCGCUUGAGAGAGUUCCCACUGUGGCUCUCAAUGAGACGCUUGUUGUCAAUUUGUGUAGUAUGUAUGAGUUGGCGUAUGUUAAUCACUCUGAUGUUAAGAGAACGCUUAGUAGCUGGAUUGCUCGUGUUGCACCUGAUGAUUUUGAUGCAUCUUGUACUCGUACAUGAGAAUUAGUGGAGACUCGGUGUGUUUGUUACUUUAGUUUGUGCUUAAAACACCUAGAAAAUGCAACUCGCCAGCAUGAACUAGGAAGGUAAUUGAUGAUCAACCAUUAGACAGCAAGUUCAUUCUGGGUCUUGUGCACACUGCUGGCCAUGCCUGGUGAAGAGGUACAAAUAUGGACAAAAAUAAGUAGGUGUUUGGUUCACAUCUUGUUCAUCUGUAAGCUUUCAAAACCCGACAGUGUCAAAAUUGUAUACAAUUGAGAGGCUAAUGAUUAUAACAAAACUCUUGCAUUACAUUCAUUAAAUUCAUCAUAAAGGGCAUUGCAAUGUUUUAGCGUUGGUUUCUUUAUUACAGUAUCCUGCUACAAAAAAGGAAGAUCUCAGUAUUUUAGUUGGCUUAUUCCUGUUGACUAUACUGCAAGUCUGCAAAUUGGUACUAUUUGCAUAUAGCUUUUAUUUCCUCAUUGGACCUCGCUUCUGUUUAUUGAAUAUGAUUGGUAGACAGUGACAUAAAAAUGUAAUCCUUAGCAACUGAUGAUUUGUUUGACUACAAGGAGCUGCAAUUUUUCGUA